UCCGCAGAAAAAAAAGUUUUCCCUCUUGUGUGUUUGACACAAACGUGAUUGCGGUUCGGGAGGACGGUUAGAGAAGUUGUGGAGUGUGCUUGCCCGCCCACUUGCAGCACUCUUCACCGGGACCAUCGGCACUGUUGGGUACCGGAUGCCCGCAGCGCAAGCACCCACGAGCGGCUUGCUUUCCCGGAGUCUCACGGUCAACUUUUCCUUAAAAACCAUGGAUUUUUGGCACCGGCGGACGGACUGAAAAACCUCUGACACUUGUCACCAGACUUUAAUCUGCUACCAGUAAGCAUUAGCAUUUGAGCGACUUUUUUUGGAGCGAGUUGCGUGAGCGGGACAUGCAAAAGUUUAAUGCCCACGGGAGCAGCACGCUGCCCCGGCUGGCUGACAGUGACGGGGCCGGGGAGGGGAAGGAGAACGGUGCUGGGAAGCAUUUUCUCAGCAAGCCCGACAAGGAGGAGGAGGAUAGCUCCAUCUGCACCAAGAGGAAGAUGCUCGUCGGUUUGGAUGUAAUAUGCCUGUGUGUCGCCUCCAUCCCAUUCUUUGCGUGCGAGCUGAAGGCGGUGGAAACGUACAGACGAGGCUUCUUCUGCGGGGACACCAGCAUAACGUAUCCCUACGUGGCGCGGGAGGCCAUCCCGGAUGGCCUGCUCAUCGCUGGCGGAAUCGCCAUCACCGGCCUCACGAUCGCACUCGGCGAAUGUUUCCGGGUCCGUUUCCGAGGCGCACGCUCAAGAUCGUUUGUUGGCAACGGCUAUGUGUCGUGCCUGUACAAAGAGCUGGGGAGCUUCCUGUUUGGUUGCUGCGUGGGCCAAUCGCUCACUAAUAUGGCCAAGCUGAGCGUGGGACGCCUGCGACCUAACUUCCUCUCUGUCUGCAAUAUCACUUACGCAUCCAUCAAUUGCACGCCGGGCAGCUACGUGUCCCAGGUGACCUGCCAGCAACCUAACCACAAGAUGGUCGAGGAGGCAAGGAAGUCCUUUUUUUCCGGCCAUGCGUCCUUCGCGAUGUAUACCAUGCUCUAUCUAGCAUUUUACCUGCAGGCUCGGUUGUCAUGGCGAGGAGCUCGACUGUUGCGCCCUCUCAUACAGUUCAUCUUGGUGAUGAUCGCCAUCUACACCGGGCUGAGCCGCAUCUCAGACUACCGCCACCAUCCGACCGACGUCCUCACGGGGUUUAUCCAAGGAGGGCUCACUGCGUACUGGGUGGCCUUCUACAUCUCCUCCAUGUUUAAGCCUUGCACCCGUCCAGACCUGUCUCCCACUAGCACGUCCUUGGAGAGUCCUCUUUCCAGCCAACAGACUGUGUGUUAACAUAAGAUGGCUCUGGAGAAGCGUCAAAUGAAAGAGAGAGAGAGAGAGAGACACGACGAAUGUCAAAGAAUUUGCGAGAAGAACGGUUUUUUUGUUCAAGAAAGGGAAUCGUUCCGAGGAGAUGAUUGACGUCGAUGGAGAACAAUCUAACACACUGACACACACAAAGUCACACUGCAGCGAUGUAACCUGCUCUCACAUGUGAAACACAAGAAGCACAUAUGACUUAAAGUCAAACCCGUCCAGUGAGAACUGCGUAGUGAUUUAGUUUUUUUUUUUUUUUUUUUUUUUAAAGUCUAUUUUUCCAGAGGAUUAUUAGAAGCUGCUAAUAUUGAUAGUUGUUUUUGUCUGUGGCGGAGGUCAAGUGUGCUUGGUCAGCCGUCCAAGCCGAACUUUGGUGUCUAAAAAAAAAAAGCCGUCUUUCUCCAAGAUAGCACUCGGCUGCUGUGAAUUGAUGCCACGAAGCCUCCCAUGUAAAGAGACAAACACUUGCUGAUGAGAAACAAGCACUGGCGUAGACUUCUAUAACCUGCUCGAGUCAGGCUGCCCCUCCCACUAAUGAUCACAAUAACUCCAAAUGAUAUAUAUUGUUUCUGUACUAACCACUUUGACUGCGUCUCAGAGGCGGAGCGUUGACUGAAUUUUUGCAACUUUUGCCCCCAGACUCGGCCUCUGAGCUGCACCUUGAUUUGUGUGAAUUCCUCUUUUCUUAGGAGCACUUGAACGUACAUAACUGAACCUUGUAAUGAUUAUAAUCGAUAUUAUAUAUUUUAUGACAAGUUAAAAAAAGAAAAAGAAUAAUCAGUUUUUUUUUUUCCCAGAUGUUUAAGACCACAUUGAAAGUGAAAUAUUUACUACUACUUGUAUUUGAAAACAGUCAUAAUUACAAGAAUAAAGUUUUGUAACAUUACAAGAAUAAACUUUGUACGAGUGUACACUUGAGUUUCAUAGUGAAUGAAAUUUUAUUCUCGUAGUUUUCCUUUUCAUUGUGGCCCGAUGACUCAUUUGUGGUUUUGUGUUUUGGUUCUCCCGUGAAAUGAUAAUUAUUCCAAUUGAAUGUAAAUAGUUUGCGUCAUUUUAUAAACCACACAAUUUCACGCGUGUUAAUUUGUGUGACCAUGUCGGUGUUUUCUUUACAUGUAUGUAUGUUGAUCAGGUACAGACAUAUUUGUGUUAUAACAACUAGACUGAGCCAUAGAAAGCUAUUGUUGUUGUGUUCCCCCAUAUUGUCGUCUGUGAAGGCCAGAAAGGCACAAAUAACCACUGUACUCGAAAAAAAGAAAAAAAAACCCCAAACCAAUAAAAUGAAUGGUGAAUGUUA